AUGCCGCGACAACGCGCCCCCAAAGAGGAGGAAGCGGAGCUUCUAACUAAACAAGAGCGAUCUGCGCGCUCCUCAGAAGACGCCUCCGACACCUCUAUAUCCUCCAUCUCGACCACGUCCUUAGUUCUCGAGCACAUCAACGACCCGGCAAUCAACGGCACAUCGCGGUCGAGGCGCGGAGAAAAGUACACAGAUGAAGAUGACGAGGCGCAAGAAGCUUUCGAUGUCGAGGGUGGACGAUACAAGUCUCCGAUUUCUGUAGACAAGAAGACAAGAAGGUGGCUAUGGAUCGUUGGCAUAGCAUGUGUGACAGGAUGGGCACUUGCGCUGGUCUUCUUCUUGAUGAGCGGCAGCUACAAACACGUGUCGACUCGGCCACACGACCCCUUGGCCAGCUCUACAAAAGGGUCGGGAAAGAAAAUCACAAUGGACGACGUCUUUGGUGGCCGAUUCUAUGCCCGAGAGCAGAGCCUCAAAUGGAUCGCAGGACCCAAUGGCGAGGAUGGCCUGUUGCUCGAAAGGGACGCAGGCAACGCAGAGUACCUGGUAGUUGAGGAUAUCAGGAACAAGGGCGACGGGGAUUCCUCUGCAAAAAAGACCAAGCUCAUGCAGAAGAGCGGCUUCAAUGUAAACGGAUAUUUCGUCCGACCCGUCGAAGUUUGGCCAAGCAAAGACUUUAAAAAGACCGGUGAGCCUCUGGACCCCGAAAACCAAGAUGGCAGAGUUCAAUUGGCGUCCCUGUCGCCCCAAUCGGAUGCCGUCGUAUUCACGAGGAACAAUAACAUGUACCUCCGGAAGCUGGACUCCAAGGAAGUCAUCCAAAUCACGCGCGACGGUGGUUCGGAGCUAUUCUAUGGUAUACCUGAUUGGGUUUACGAAGAGGAAGUCUUCCAAACAAACAGCGCGACAUGGUGGUCAGAGGAUGGCAAGUAUAUUGCCUUCCUUCGCACUGACGAGUCUACUGUUCCGACUUACCCUGUUCAAUACUUUGUAUCCCGCCCAAGCGGGGAUAAGCCCAAAGCUGGCGAAGAAAAUUACCCCGAGGUUCGCAACAUCAAGUACCCCAAGGCUGGCGCGCCCAAUCCUAUAGUGACACUUCAGUUCUACGAUGUGGAGAAGGCCGAAGUGUUCAGUGUCGAGAUUGAAGACGACUUCAGGGACAACAACCGUCUAAUUACCGAGAUUGUCUGGGCUGGCAAGACCAAGCAGGUACUUGUCCGCGAGACCAACCGUGAAAGCGACAUCCUGAAAGUUGUGUUGAUGGAUGUUGAAAAGCGCACUGGAAAGACGGUUAGGACUGAGAACGUUGCAGAACUGGACGGAGGUUGGUUUGAGGUCUCGCAAAAGACCACAUUUGUGCCUGCUGAUCCUGCCAAUGGCCGCAAGGAUGAUGGUUACAUCGAUACUAUCAUCCACGAGGGAUACGACCACAUUGGAUACUUUACGCCGUUAGACAACGAUAAGCCCAUCGUACUAAGUCAAGGCGAGUGGGAAGUUGUCGAUGCACCUUCUCGUGUCGAUUUGAAGAACAACAUUGUCUACUACAUUUCGACUGCGAAGAGCUCAAUGGAACGACAUGCAUACUCAGUCUUCCUGAACGGUACAGGAACAAGCGAGGUCGUGGAGAACAGUGGCUCGGGUUACUACGGAGCAUCCUUUUCAGCUGGUGGCUCGUACGCCUUGAUCACCUACCAAGGUCCGGGCAUUCCAUGGCAGAAGAUCAUCAGCACACCAUCCAGCAAGGACAAGUUCGAAAAGGUACUGGAGGAGAACAAAGCCCUCGAUCGCUUCGUGCGAGAACGCGAGAUGCCCAUUCUCAACUACCAAACCAUAGAGGUCGACGGCUUCAAACUCAACGUCCUUGAGCGUCGCCCACCACACUUUAACGAGAAGAAGAAGUACCCCGUUUUAUUCUACCAAUACAGUGGACCGGGCUCUCAAGAAGUGAACAAAAAGUUCCACGUCGAUUUCCAAGCAUAUAUCGCCGCCAACCUCGAAUACAUCGUCGUCACCGUAGACGGACGAGGCACCGGCUUCCUCGGGCGCAAGCUCCGCUGCAUCACACGCGGUAACAUCGGCUACUACGAAGCACACGACCAAAUCGCCGCCGCCAAGAUCUGGGCCAGCAAAAAGUACGUAGACGCCGACCGCCUCGCCAUCUGGGGCUGGAGCUACGGCGGCUUCAACACGCUCAAAACUCUUGAGCAGGACGCCGGCCAAACGUUCAAGUACGGCAUGGCUGUCGCACCCGUCACAGACUGGCGCUACUACGACUCCAUCUACACCGAACGCUACAUGCACACGCCUCAGAACAACGCCGCAGGCUACAACAACUCGACCAUUACCGACGUCGCCUCGCUCGCCAAGAACACCCGCUUCCUCCUCAUGCACGGUGUCGCCGACGAUAACGUACACAUGCAGAACACGCUUACGCUGCUCGACCGCCUUGAUCUCGCAGGUGUUGAGAAUUACGAUGUUCACGUGUUUCCGGACUCUGAUCAUAGCAUCUACUUCCAUAAUGCUAACAGGAUUGUUUAUGAUAAGCUGAGGUGGUGGCUUAUCAAUGCUUUCAAUGGUGAGUGGGCGAAGAUCAAGACUGCGGAGCCCAAGGCGCAGGUUGACGCGAGGAUGGAGAGACGGUAG